UCCAAAGCCUUUUAACUCCCCUCGUUCUCCUUCUUCCUCCUGCUCUUCCUCUCUCUUCCUGCCCUCCCUUCUCCUCUUCCCCCGUCCUUCCUUCCUGCCUUGAUUCCCGGGGUGGAAAAAGCCACUAUGCCUCAGCUCUCGGGAGGCGGCGGCGAUCCGGAGCUUUGUGCCACCGACGAGAUGAUCCCCUUCAAAGACGAAGGUGACCCCCAGAAGGAAACCAUCUUCGCCGAGAUCAGCCACCCGGAGGAAGAAGGGGAUUUGGCUGACAUCAAGUCUUCGCUGGUCAACGAGUCGGAAACGAUCCCCAGCAGCAACGGGCAUGAGGUGUCUAGGCAAGGCCAGUCUCAGGAAGCUUAUGAAAAAGGCAGAGAACAUCCAGAAGAAGGAAAACACACAGAUGGUGUUCUGUACAAUAAAGGACCUUCUUAUUCUGGGUAUUCUGGGUAUAUCAUGAUGCCAAAUAUGAAUAAUGAUCCGUAUAUGUCUAAUGGAUCUCUUUCGCCACCAAUUCCUAGAACAUCCAACAAAGUCCCUGUGGUGCAACCUUCCCAUGCAGUCCACCCUCUCACGCCACUCAUCACCUACAGCGAUGAACACUUUUCUCCAGGGACACACCCUUCACAUCUCCCCUCAGAUGUCAGCACAAAACAAGGCAUGAAUCGGCAUCCUUCAGGUCCUGAUAUUUCCACCUUUUAUCCCUUAUCUCCUGGCAGUGUUGGGCAGAUAACCCCACCACUUGGCUGGCAAGGUCAGCCUGUAUAUCCCAUCUCAGGUGGAUUCAGGCAUCCCUACCCAUCCUCACUUUCAGUCGACACUUCCAUGUCAAGGUUUUCCCAUCAUAUGAUCCCAGGUCCUCCAGGACCCCACACAACUGGAAUCCCUCACCCUGCAAUUGUAACACCUCAAGUCAAACAAGAACAUCCACACACAGACAGUGACUUAAUGCACGUGAAGCCUCAGCAUGAACAGAGGAAAGAACAAGAGCCCAAAAGACCUCACAUUAAAAAACCCCUGAAUGCUUUCAUGUUAUACAUGAAAGAGAUGAGAGCGAAUGUCGUAGCAGAAUGUACUUUGAAAGAAAGCGCGGCCAUCAACCAGAUUCUCGGCAGAAGGUGGCAUGCCUUGUCGCGUGAAGAACAAGCAAAAUAUUAUGAACUCGCUCGGAAAGAAAGGCAGCUACACAUGCAACUUUAUCCUGGCUGGUCAGCAAGAGACAACUAUGGAAAGAAGAAAAAGAGGAAGAGAGAGAAGCUACAGGAGUCAACAUCAGGUACCGCCCCACGAAUGACAGCUGCCUACAUCUGAAGCAUGGUGGGAAGCGACACACGUUCUCAACCUGCAAGAUGAAGGCAGCGACAUCAGGGCCUCUUCUUGAAAUGGAAGCUUGUUAAAAUCUCCAUGGAUGUCCUUCAUGUAAACAGGCAUAUAAGGAGUAUGUCUAAGGGUGUCAAGUUUUACCCUGGUGUCCCUGCUAAAGACAUUGAACCAUAAAGACAAUCACUGCCACGUCCCUUCACCCUCACAGAAUUCCGAGCCCAACUCAAAAAUGAAGAGCCAAGAGUAGCAUUUCAGAUCUUCCCUUUUUAUCUCCACUCCGCCUUACACGCCUCCAUUUGUAUCUUCUAUGUUGUCAGUGAUGAGUCAGCAACAAAAUAGUUCAGCUGUAUUCGUUUUGCUUUAGUCAAAAGAAUGCUAGAAAGCAGCAGCAGCAGUGUUGGCUUCCAUCUUGGCCGUUCAUAUCGAAGGAACCAAAACGUAAUUUCUUGAGGAAGACAUUAUCCGGUUUAUUUAAUGGUGCAAGAGGAUGAAUCUUGGUUUUCAGAUUCUAAAAAUAUAAACUUGAAUGCUUCUAUAUUUUAGUUAUUGCCUUGGUGUACAUUUUUAUUGACUUUUGAGGUUUUUAAAGAAGCAUUGAAAUAUCCCCGCCCUGACAUUUUCUUUUUUCUAAUAAAUAAAAGGUUUUUAAAUAAUAGUAGAUUUCUUUUUCCUGUUGGAGAAGAACAAAGCAUUUGGAGGAUAAAGUCUUUUUGUUUUGAAUUAACUAUUUGUAACAGAUGAAAUCAUUGUAUAUGUACACGAAACAUGUGAUCCACUUCAUCUCUUUAUAUGUGUAAAAGGAACAUACCUUAUCGGAUCUGAUUUCAGUAAAAACUCCUCUCAUAUCUGAAUUUCCUUGGGUUUUUUUUUAAAGCCCAGCACUUGGAUUAUUAUUACUUCGAAUGUUCUGUAUUUGUAUCUGUUUCUGUUAGCCUGUUUAGUGGGAUUUUAUGCCAGUUGUUGAAAUGAACAUUGAUGUACCCAAGUUUUUUUUUUUAGUUUAAGGCCUAGCCUUUGCCAAAAAAAAAAGGACAACCAAUAUAUAUUUUGUCAUUCCAAUUUGAGUUAAUGUGCUGAGCAUUUUUGUUGUUUUCAUGUUUUUUUAAAAAUAAAGCUUUGUAAUAAAACUACAAAAUACGUAUUUUGGGGGCUUGGUUAAAGUUAAGUUUGGUUCACCUUGUUUCAUGUGGCAGCUUCAGUGGAACCAGAUGAAGAUAAUUUGGUGGUGCGUCUACUCUUUGAAAAUAUGUAUAUCCACAUAGCAGGAAAAAAAAAACACAAUCCAAAGUUUUUAUAGAUGAAAAUUAUCCUGUUCCUCAACUGAAAGGAGCCCCCAUGUCUGCUUAUAUGAGAAACAGAUACACCUAAGGAAAAAAUGAUGGAAAAUUUAGAG